UGUAGCUAAAGGGAGCGUUCUAAUUUUUCUUGACGCUCAUAUUGAGUGCACAGAAGGAUGGCUUCAACCAAUGCUUUCACGUAUAGCUAGCGAUCGUUCAGUUGUAACCGUUCCACUUAUUGAUGGCAUCAGAUCAAGAGAUAUGAGUUAUUAUGCAAAUAGCUUAUAUAUAAAUGGUCUUACUUGGUUUUUAAUUUUUACAUGGAUGUUAGUUCCAGAAAGAGAGAUCAUUCGAACGAAAAACAAUCGAACUGCACCGCUGCGUACACCGACCCACGUUGGCUGUGCGUUCGCUAUUGAUCGUGACUUCUUUUUCGAAAUUGGUUCAUACGAUGAAGGAAUGGAUAUCUGGGGGUCCGAAAACGUCGAGUUGGCUUGGAGGACUUGGAUGUGCGGUGGAUCAAUGGAGAUAUUGCCGUGUUCGAGAGUUGGACAUUUGUUUAGAAUAUCAACUUAUUCGUUUGAUGGAAGUUCCCGUGAAAUAACGAGACGAAAUAAUAAUCGUUUGAUUCAAGUGUGGAUGGACGAAUUCAAGGAUCUUAUUUAUGCUGCAUAUCCAACAUGGAAACAAACUCCCCCGGGUAAUUUGACAGAUCGUAUAAAUCUGAGAAAACGAUUGAAUUGCAAAAGUUUUCGAUGGUACCUUGAGAACGUCUACCCAGAAAGUGUGUGGUUAAGAGAAUUAACAGCUAUGGGAAGUAUAAAAAAUGGAUUGGACAAUAAAUGCCUGGACGCAUACACAAAGGAGAUAUCACAAGCACUUAUACCAUAUACAUGCCAUAAUCAGGGUGGUGCGCAAUUCUUUGCAAUCACUGCUCAUGGUCAAAUAAUGACGUACAAAGAGACAUGCGUUGGAGUUGCCACUGAUAAAAAAACACUUGUUUUAGUUUCAUGUCGGGAAGAUGAUAAAUCUCAACUUUGGGACUUUAAAAAAGAGGAACAAUGGAUAGUACAUCGAGAAAGCAAUCUUUGCAUACGAAAAAAUCACACUGAAAUUGUACUCGAUACUUGUAACCAAUUUGUCAGUGAACUCAAAUGGGAGCUUAUACCACCUGCACAAGAAGAAUAAAUUUUCAUUGUUCAUUCGAGUACCAAAUUCUCAAUUUCAGCGCAACAUAUUAUGUUUGGCUAUUUUAGAUCAGCUUCAAGAUUUCUUUUUAUACUGCAGGAAUACUCAAUAUUUUUAAAUUCUCGUAAAUUAUUGAAAGUAUUGAGUGUUCAUGUUCAUGCAGCUUUAAUUUGAGUUUUUGAAGUGUAAAUCCAGAAAAGUAUCAAAUUUUGCAGAAAAAUCUCAUAGAUGAUCAAAAAUGGCCCAUCCAAAAACAUAUUGUCAUUCGUAGCUCUAAGAUAAUCACUUUUUCAUGGUAUCGCUUCAAUAAAUUUCUUUGAAAUUACUAAUUUAA